GACAAUACGGUGACAUUUCAGGGUCACAUGGCGAACAUUUUCAAUUUACACAAUUUACACACCUGCAAAUUCCCCGGAGUGCCUGCCAGCAACAACAUAUUUUAUCUAUUUAUGACUUGUAAGAUUCAAAGAAGAAAAUGUGGAGAUAAAUGCGUGCUUGCUCCUUAUUUUCCACCAAAUGAUCCUGAGAAAUUUGUAGCAGUACACAAGAUAUUCAGAGCAAGCAAAAUUGUCAAAACCCUACAGAGUAUUCCGGAUGAGAAAAGAGCAGAUUAUGUAGCAAGCAUGGUGUAUGAAGCAAAUGCUAGAAUGAAUGAUCCAAUCUACGGUUCCGCUGGCGCAGUUUGUCAACUGGAGAAGCAAAUUUCAUGCCUUCAAUCGCAACUGGCAGCUGCGAAAGCAGAUCUGCUCAACGCACAGACUAAUCUUGUGUCUCUGGCGACUGGAUUUCAUUAUGGCUGUGAAGCGGGAAACACAUUGCUACAGAAUAAGGAUAACCUAAACUUUUUGCAAGAAGAUACUGCAAAAUUUUGA